GAAACAACAGGCGCAGUUCCACAGCAAUGGCCACAAGUGUUCCCGAUUGUGCCCGGACAAAACUCACAGCAGCGGCUGAACGUGGUCCUCUGAAGACCGGGAGACACGUCUUGCUUAUCCUGCUCGUACUUGUGUGAACAAAUCACACGUUUUCUGAGCGACGGACAGUAAAAUAAUACGAAAAUCUCAUCCACUUCGCUCUUUAUAAAGCGGAUGACAAAUUCCAGAAAAAGGGAAAAGGACUACAUCUUCCACUGCUUCAGUAUGGCCCCUGAGUUGAGCAGUCUCAGCAUCAGUCCCUCCUAACACUCCAGCAGAUCUCAGGAAACACUGGAGUGGUUUGAGCGGUACACUGCUGCAGCAGGGAUGAUCACAUCCCAUAUGAACGGUUAUGUCCAAGAGGCCUCAGGCCUGAUCAAGAGCCACAGGGAGAGGGCCGUGGACUGUCCAGGGGAUGAAAGCAACCUUGUCAAAUCUCCACAGUCCAGUGCCCACAUGGAGAGGAUCCAGCAUUACCAAGAGGAGCUGAGAAAAAGGAGGGAAGAGGACAGCAGGUUGAAGCAUGAAAUUGACCUCAACGCUUCCCUAAGGCUCAAGAAGCUGUCACAGAACCCUAAAGUGGGCAUUGACAAUCCCACCUUUGAGGGAAAGGAAAAGGCCACCAAAGACACAUGUUCCCUGGAUUCUGUAGUCGAGCUGGAGGAGUUGCUGCAGACUCUGAAGUGGGUGCAGCACUGCUUGACUGAUGCUCAGAGCCAGCAGGAUGUGGAGCUGAUAACGCAGCUCCUCACCAAGGAAGACUUCAGGACUGCCUAUUCAAUAUACAGCGCUGUGUCUCAGCAGAUGAGCAGAGUCAGUCCCACCCCCCCCCUUACAUCACAAGCUCAAGACCUCUGCCUGGAGGUACAGAAGAUUCUCCAGUCCAGCCAACAUAAGGAGGGUUUAGAGCUCAGAGCUCUGCUCACCAAUCCUCAUCUCCAGGCACUGAUGCAGGCCCAUGACAGCGUGGCGGUGCAGGAAAUGGCAGAGGAAAGUGUGACCCAGUACCUUGGAGAGACGGUUAAAUUAGUGCGGCUGGAGAAGGCCAGAGACACUCCACUGGGUGCAACAGUACGUAAUGACGUGGACAGUGUGGUGGUGAGCCGUGUUGUAAAGGGCGGAGCAGCAGAGCGCAGUGGCCUCCUCAGUGAAGGAGAUGAGAUCCUGGAGAUCAACGGGAUUUCUAUCCGUGGGAAACACGUCAAUGAAGUCCACGACUUGCUGCAACAAAUGCAUGGCACUCUGACCUUCCUCCUCAUCCCCAGCUCUCAGAUUAAACCUGCCCCGCACAGACAGACUGUGAUGCACGUACGAGCGUACUUUGACUACGACCCGUCUGAUGACCCCUUCGUGCCGUGUCGAGAGCUGGGCCUGUCCUUCCAGAAGGGAGAUAUACUCCAUGUCAUCAGCCAGGAUGACCCCAACUGGUGGCAAGCCUACAGGGAUGGAGAUGAGGAAAACCAGCCCCUGGCUGGACUCAUUCCAGGUAAGAGCUUCCAGCAACAGAGAGAGACCUUAAAGAAAACUCUAACAGACAGAAGUCGAGAGCAGCAAGGGAAGAAUUGGUAUCCAAAGAAGAGUAAGAAACAGAGGAAGAAGAGCACGUCACAGUCGAGCAAAAGCACAGACUACGAUGACAUCCUGACCUAUGAGGAGAUGUCACUCUAUCACCAGCCUGCCAACCGCAAACGCCCCAUAGCUCUGAUCGGCCCAACAAACAGCGGUCACGAUGAGCUGCGCCGGAGGCUUCUUUCCAUCGAACCCGAGAAGUUUGCCGUCGCUGUUCCACACACAACCAGGAGCCCGAGGAUACAUGAGCGGAAUGGGCGCGAGUACCAUUUUGUAACUCGUUCUGCCUUUGAAGCCGACUUGGCGACGGGGAAGUUCAUCGAAUCGGGGGAGUACGAGAAGAACUUGUACGGCACCAGCACAGACUCCGUCCGACACGUCAUCAACUCUGGACGCAUCUGUCUGCUCUGCCUACACACAAGGUCACUGCGAGUCCUGAGAUCCUCCAACCUUAAGCCAUAUGUGAUCUUCAUAGCGCCUCCUUCUCAGGAGCGACUACGCACCCUGCUGGCCACAGAGGGGAAAACACCAAAGCCGGAGAUGCUGAAGGAGGUCAUUGAAAAGGCCCGCGAGAUGGAGCAAAAUUUCGGCCACUACUUUGAUGCGACCAUCUUGAACAUGGAUCCAGACCAGGCUUUCCACGAGCUGCGCAGGCUGAUAGAUAAACUGGACACUGAGCCCCAGUGGGUGCCCACGUCCUGGCUGUGUUAGAGGUCACUGCGUCCCAGCACCAUGAUUUGGAGGAGGUAAACAGAAGACUGGAGAGUGAAAAACAAACCAAGGACGGUUGGUAAACUGUCACUGGAAUUUGACUUGCACAUUUUCCUCGUUUGUAGAGGAGGUGAUCGUUACAGGGAUGGACUCAAUUUUAAUCUUUGAUUUUGUUGUCGGUGUGUGUGUCUGUUGGUGAUUUUUGUUUCUCUGUUGAUCGCAGUUUUAUGCAAAGUCAUUUAUCAACAAAAUAGAACCAUUUCUAUUCUAUGCUUAAUAGUUAUUUAUAAUUGUACAUACAUAUUUUCUAGACCAAAGGAUCAAGUGUUGUGUGUGUGAGAGUCUUUAUGUGUUGGUUUUUAAUUGACUCCCUGAUGAAGCAGCAGAUCAGAAACUCCUUAGGUACCAAACAGAAGAGAAGCAUCAGUGCUUUAAGUGGCUGCAGGGCACCGUCUUCCACUCAGAAGUACAGGAGAGAGAUCUGCUGUAAUCUGCACAGUUUGGAGGUACUUCCAUUGUCAGUAUUUUAUUUUGUGUCUCAUUUUAUGAUUUUACGCUGUGAUAACAAACCACUGUAGCUGGUUGUCGUUACAAACAGUAAUGCUGCUAAGUACUGCUGAGUUUCUGGUUUUAUUUUUUUUGUUUUUCUAUCAGUAUUGAUAAGAGCUGUUAUCAGUUAGUGUGAUUCCAAUUCCAACAAAUACUGUAUUGAUUCUUUGCAGUUCAUUUGCAAAUUCAUAGGCACAAUUCUGUGCUCAUGAAUUGUUAAUAAAAUAAAACACAUGUGAAC